UAACAGUAAACUCUGCCUGUUGUGUUGAAGUGUGGAGGCCAGUCCUGGUAGUGUUAGAGGACGGGGCUGCUGGAUUGCAGUAGGAUGAGUGUGAAAAGUGUAGUUUUGCUGUGGGUUGAACUGCUGGUGUGACAGGCGGGGUGAGUGAUGGAUGUUGGCUGGUAAUUUAUGGGGCUGAGAGUUGCCUCCAGGCUGUGACUGGCUGGGAUUACGGAGGAGAGUUUCCCUCCUCUCACAACAACAACCCACAACAACAUGGUCCCGCAGCCGACAUUUAGGACUUUUCUACCCAGCUUCUUCUCUUAUCUUCACCCAGGACAAGUUUUACUGUUCCUCACGCUGCUUUCACUCGGUUCUCAGGGUUUGGCGUCGUCCCCGGCAACGCCAACGGAUUUACUGGCGGAUCCGACUGGGCUCCCCAGAGCUGCCACAGACACGCCCACCUCCAGGAUAGGCGGACAGUUAUACCUCCAGCUAGUAGAGCCGAUGCAUAACGUGACUAUCGGGAUGGGAGAACGCGCCGUCCUGCGAUGUAAGGUGGAGGGUGUCCCGGCGCCGAACUUCCGCUGGUACAAAAACGACGCUCCACUCACCUCGGAGAGACGCAGGAUACAAAUACGCAACUACAGCUGGGGUUCGCGGUUACGGAUAAAGAAAGUGGACACCCACGACACGGGUUACUAUCGCUGUGUGGCCACCAACGGCCAGGACCGCGUCUCCACACAAGCAAUACUCUAUGUUAGAUACAUGGCAGCGAGCAACCCCCCCGGAGCUCUGCGGUUGGUACGGCCCAUGAACAAUGAGACAGUCCAAGUCGGGAACAGGGCAAACCUGAAUUGCAAGGUCGCGGGGAUGCCCACCCCCGUCUUUAGGUGGUACCGAAACGAUGCCCCGCUUUCUGCCGAGAAAAACCUUCGGAUAGACAUUAGAAAUUACGAGUGGGGUUCGCGCCUGAGAAUCAGGCACGUGGAAACGCAGGACACGGGAUAUUACCGAUGUGUAGCCUCCAACGAGCAUCAGUCCAUUGCAACCACGGGUAUUCUCUAUGUAAAGUACAUGGACGACUCGCACACACCUGCCACGUCAAGCGGUGAAAUGGGGGGUUAUUGUCAGCAGUACCGAGGUGCCGCCUGCCGUAAGUUCAUCGGAAACGCCACAAUCUACAUGGACACUCUCCGGGCUCAGGGUAUAAUAGAGAACCAGCUGACAGCAGCGUUCACAGUGAUCGGCACGUCCAGCGACCUGACCAAGCGCUGUGCCGACUACGCGAUCCCCUCGCUGUGCCACUACGCCUUUAAGUACUGCGACGAGCACUUCCCCUACCCGCAGCCGCGCCAGCUGUGCCGAGACGAGUGCGAGAUCCUGGAGAACGACAUCUGCAAGACGGAGUACAUCCUGGCCAAGACGCACCACCUCAUCGGGGAGUGGAUCCUGCCGGACUGCUCCGAGCUGCCGCUCAUCGGGACGCCCGAGUCCGCCAACUGCAUCCGCAUCGGGAUCCCCACCAUGUCCCACAUCAACCGCAGUCACACGUGUUACGAGGGGAAGGGCGGUGGUUACCGGGGAACGGUUGCCAUGACGAAGUCGGGGAUCCCGUGCCAGGCGUGGAACACGGAGACCCCCCACGUGCACUUCCUGCGCGCCUCGCAGUACCCGGAGCUCGCCGGCGGACAUAACUACUGCCGUAACCCUGGCAACGAGAUGGACACACCCUUCUGCUUCACCACCGACGAGUCCACUCGCGCAGAGGGGUGCGACAUCCCCAAGUGUGAAAUGCCGGAGGGUGGGAGUGACCAGAUCAUGAGCCUGAUCAUCAUCCUGGUUCCGAGCAUCUCCGUUCCCCUCAUUAUCGCGCUCAUCUUCUUCAUCUACUGCACGUGCCGUCGUCAUGGAGAUGCCCGCGGCAACGGUAACCGGGCAGCGGUGAAGGGUUCCGCCAGUGAGACGAUCCCGUUGCAGAACCUGUUCGCGAAGCACGUUCCGCGGUGCCCGCAGUUUCCCAUCGCGGCCGUGCGCUUCCUCACCGAGCUGGGAGAGGGCGCUUUUGGCAAGGUGUACAAAGGUGAACUGGUGGUCACGGGGUCAGGCGAAGACGCCAAGAAGAUCCUGGUGGCGAUAAAGACGCUCAAGGAGAACGCGACCUUGAAAACUCAGCACGACUUCCACCGAGAGGUGGACAUGUUGGCGGACCUUGUACCUAUAACAUCUGACCGUUUCCAAAAUCAUAUCCUAGUUGCUUGAUGGCGUAUCAAACUGAACACUUUACUUUUUAUUUACGA